GACUGAGCGGCAGUCGCGCGCCGGACUCUGUCACGGUAGGAUGUGUAUGUUUAUGUUUCCGCGAUGAUACCGGUCCGCUUGUCGCAUACGGAGGUUAUGUUUACGCACCUCACAAGGACAACGUACGUCUUUACACGCUGGUGUUCCUAAAGGCCGACUAUCUCGAAUGUCCCCGUGCCUCUCGAGGCGUCGUCACAACGAUAUUCCAAGGAUUUCGUGAGGUUUUUCCAUCGCUAGGGAUUACGUGACAGUUGCGAUGAGAAACGUGGUAAAUGUGUGCGUAGGAACGUCAAGUCCUAUCCACCAAAUAAUUUGUGCGGUGGUGUUUGUGUGAGGGGCCACCGAGAGGCCGCGGCAGAGGGCUUCCGAGAUGAGCUAUGAAUCUGGGCUGCCUGGUAGCCUCUAUCUUUGUUCUUCAGCUGCUUCAGCUGCCAUCGAUGCUCGACGCCUUGCCUUCGGUCGUCAAAAUUGGUGCUAUAUUCACUCAUGACCAAAAGGAUAGCAGCACAGAGCUGGCCUUCAAGUACGCCGUUUACAAGAUCAACAAGGACAAAAUUAUACUGCCAAAGACCACGUUGGAGUAUGACAUCCAAUACGUGCCAAAAGAUGAUUCCUUCCACGCAUCGAAGAAGGCGUGCCAGCAGGUCAAGUACGGCGUCCAGGCUGUCUUCGGGCCCUCAGACUCGAUUCUGGGCCAGCACAUUCAUAGUAUCUGCGACGCCCUCGAUAUCCCACAUCUCGAGGCCAGGCUGGACCUGGAGACGGAAGCGAAAGAGUUCAGCAUUAAUCUCUAUCCCGCACAAAGUCUGCUCAAUGCCGCUUAUCAGGACAUCAUGGAGUUCCUCAAAUGGACCAAGGUGGUGAUCAUCUACGAGGACGAUCAUGGACUGGUGAAGCUUCGGGAGUUAGUGAAGUCAUCGAGAAUCGAAGUCGAUCUCCGGCAGGCAGAUCCCGACUCGUACAGGCAGGUCCUUUCCGAAAUAAAGAGCAAGGAAGUUCAAAAUAUCAUCGUGGACACAAAACCCGAGCACAUGCAUCAUUUUCUACGAAUGAUCCUGCAGCUGCAGAUGAAUGAUUACAAGUAUCACUACCUCUUCACGACUUUCGAUAUCGAAACCUUCGACCUCGAGGAUUUCAAGUACAAUUUUGUCAAUAUCACUGCCUUUCGUUUGGUCGACGCGGACGACGUUGGCGUACGUAGUAUCCUGAGGGACAUGGAACGCUAUCAGCUGUCGGGUAACACGAUCCUCAAUAAAUCGAGGAUCAUCCAGGCCGAACCAGCGUUAAUGUACGACAGUGUACAGGUGUUCGCAGUGGGAUUACGUACCCUGGAGCAAUCCCAUGCUUUAAGGCCCGCCAAUAUUUCCUGCGAGCUCGAGCACCCCUGGGACGGCGGCUUGUCUCUCACCAACUAUAUCAACUCGGUCGAGAUGAAAGGGAUCUCCGGACCUAUUGAAUUUAAAGAAGGCCGCAGAAUUCAGUUUAAAUUGGAUCUGCUGAAACUGAAGCAACACUCACUCGUCAAGGUCGGCGAGUGGCGUCCCGGCGCCGGCAUCAACGUCACAGACACAGCGGCCUUCUUCGAACCUAACAUCGGAAACGUAACUCUGAUUGUGAUCACUAUACUGGAGACGCCGUACGUGAUGAUGCACCACGAAAAGAACUACACCGGGAACUCGCGAUUUUACGGUUUUUGCGUGGACCUCCUGGCGGCGGUGGCGAGGGAGGUGGGCUUCUCGUACCGGUUGGAGCUGGUGCCGGACAGGAAGUACGGGGCGCGGGACCCGGAGACCGGCGAGUGGAACGGCAUCGUCCGAGAGCUCAUGCGACAUGAGCAGCCGUAUGUAAUGCUGAAGAGCGGGGGGAAUUUCAGCGGGAACGCGCGCUACGAGGGCUUCUGCAUCGACCUGCUGAAGGAGAUAGCGCGCAUGGUGGGCUUCACUUACAGGAUCGAGCUCGUGCCGGAUGGCAAGUAUGGCGUUUACGAUUACGAGACCGGGGAGUGGAACGGGAUAGUCCGCCAGCUGAUGGACAAGAAGGCUGAUCUUGCUGUCGGCUCGAUGACAAUCAACUACGCGCGCGAGAGCGUGAUCGACUUCACGAAGCCGUUCAUGAAUCUGGGCAUCUCAAUCCUCUUCAAGGUACCGACCAGUCACCAGGCACGGCUUUUUUCCUUCAUGAAUCCAUUAGCGAUCGAGAUCUGGCUAUACGUUCUGGCGGCGUACGUUUUGGUGUCGGUAACGAUGUUUGUCGUGUCGCGAUUUAGCCCCUACGAAUGGAAUAAUCCCCACCCGUGUCAUCCCGGGCCGGAAAUCGUCGAGAAUCAGUUCUCCUUAGCGAACAGUUUCUGGUUCACCAUCGGAACCCUCAUGCAACAGGGCAGCGAUCUAAACCCCAAGGCUACGAGCACGCGUAUCGUGGGUGGCAUAUGGUGGUUCUUCACCCUCAUCAUUAUUGCGUCAUACACCGCGAAUUUAGCAGCUUUCCUUACGGUGGAAAGAAUGAUCACGCCGAUAGAGAACGCCGAAGAUCUCGCUAGUCAGACGGACAUCACGUACGGAACUCUCGAUAGCGGAAGCACGAUGACUUUUUUCAGGGAUUCAAUGAUCGAGACGUACAAAAAGAUGUGGAGAUUCAUGGAGAAUAAGAAGCCAUCAGUGUUCGUUUCAACGUACGAAGAGGGUAUCCAGAGAGUUCUUCAAGGCGAUUAUGCCUUUCUAAUGGAGUCGACCAUGCUGGAUUACAUUGUCCAGAGGGAUUGUAAUCUCACACAAAUUGGUGGUCUGCUGGACACUAAGGGAUAUGGAAUCGCUACGCCUAUGGGCUCACCCUGGCGAGAUAAGAUAUCUCUAGCAAUUCUGGAAUUGCAAGAGAAAGGCGAAAUUCAGAUCCUGUAUGACAAAUGGUGGAAGAGUCCCGGGGAUACUUGCAUUAGAACGGAAAAGGGAAAGGAGAAUAAAGCCAACUCUCUAGGCGUCGACAACAUAGGAGGAGUUUUCGUGGUUUUGUUGUGCGGCCUGGCAUUCGCCGUACUCAUAGCGAUUUUCGAAUUUUGCUACAAUUCCAGAAGGAAUGCACCGGCGGAACGGCAAAGGCCUCCAGUCCCGUCGACGCCUACCUCCGGUUCCCUUCAGGGAAUUUCUCAGGUUGUGCAACAGCAGCAGCAGCAGCAGCAACAACAACAGUGCCAACAGCAACAUCAGCAGCAACCGAAUCAACAAGAGUCGCUCUGCUCGGAGAUGGCACGCGAGCUCUGCCGCGCCUUACGUUGCCGCGCGUCGUCUCGACGGCGGCGUACUUGCGACAAAUGUUCUACGCACGUGAUCGGCUAUCCGCCGGACAAUCCCACUGCCACCCCCGUAAACGGAAUGAGAUCCCAGAGAAGCAGCCUGGCUGUACCCGUAGUCGAACUGCCUCCACACAUCCAUAUGCAUCAUCACGCACCGCCGCACGACUAUGACGGCAAUUAGAGGGACGUUAUUAGCAAGACCAGAACGUUAUCGUAACCGGGAACAAGUACAAAGCGUCUCACGAAAAGCAAUUACGAUCGAUUUGUCGAUAGAUUUCCGUCGACAAUGUCGGAAUUCGCCCAGUAGACAUGUGUUUGCACAAUAUUAACAAAAAGAAAAAGUUCGUCGUCGAUAUUUCACGAUUACGAAGAAAGAGCUUAAAAAGUAUUUGUAAAGCAACGCGUGUGCCGCUUUUCCGCACAUUUGAUAAAUCCGUCGAAAGAUCGACGCUAUAUAUCGAACUUAAUUGAUAAAAUGGUGUAACGUCGUUCUAAAGUGAUUUUUCUCGUAGCCGCGAGUUUUGUACGAUUAAUCAAUCCGCAGGACAGUAUAAUCGUCUGAGAGGCCAAGGGUCCGUCGCUUUAUUCGCCACUUUAGAAAGUAUUCAAAUACGUUGAGGUAACGUGAUUUAAUACUACCGGGAGAGAGAGACAUCGGAGAAAAAUCUUAAAUUAAAAAGUUACGAUCAGCUCGCAUGCAUAUUAAUUCUUGGCGAAAGAAAUUUUUCUUCGGUGCAGUGCGAUCGAGAUUGACAUUAUCAAGAUCAACGAGUUAAGCACUUAAAAAAGUUAAUGCUAUUUCACAGCGACGUACGUUUUAACGUAAUAACUAAAUACUUCGCGUGAAUGAACCGUGAAUUUUUUUUAUCCCCAACAAAAUUGUGUUUUCAUAUAAAAAUUCUUGUAUACCGCGAUCUUUACACGAGCAUAUAAGUGUAACAAACAAUGUACAAAAUGAAGAGAGAUAUUUUUUCCAUACUCUUCUUCGGAGGUUUUUUUUUUUCUCGAAACAAGUAGAACUUCUCUAGCGAAAUAGUUCCCCCUAAAAUUAUUUUCCUUUAUCUCAUAGAAUUUCUUUUUAUGUCGCGUCUUCAGUUGUCGUAAAGCGAUUCUCGUGAGAUAAGAGUCCAGACGCCCUCACGUCCUAAUUCUAAUUUAACCGACAUCAGUUCGAUCGAGAGUAGUACGUUGAACUAACGACAGACGAUAAACGAUCCUUCCGUCCUGCGCCCGUAGAACCGAACCGAUAAAAUAUCUACGAUGGCGAUCACCGAUAUCUCUAACGAUUUCUUCGAGCACGUUCACGCUACUCUCGCACGAAAUCUAACGUUCGAUCCAUGCACAGAACAACCUUUCGACACGCUCCAUAAGUGCGUUCUCUUUUUACGAGAGGCUGUCUAAAAGUGUAAUUGUACACGCAAAGUAUUCUGUAAAUAUCGCCGCAAAGAAAGCAGCAGUGAGAAUUUCGUAAUGGGACUAUUUUAUGCAAAUGUGGCUGAGAGUGAGUAAUCGUUAGCGCUAAUCGAGUACAACUUAGACGUUUGGUGUCAUGUAACGUGUGCUGUAAUAUGCUGAUAACCGAUGAAUAAAUGUACGAUGAGAGAACGCGA